CACAGCGCCUACUCCUUUAGCCACAGGCGCCGCCCAGCCCUGUGGAGGAUGAUUUCAUCCGUGUGCAGUUGUUCCCAGGUCUGAAAUCCAGGUGCAAAAUGCCGUCUCUUGCUGUCUUGCGAGCGUCCGGACUGUUCCGAGGGGGCCUGAAAAGUUGGGCGCAGUGCUGGGGGCCUCCUCCGCUGAGAUCUCAUGGCCCGAUGACUUGGGCUCCUGCACGGACAGCGGCUACGCUGAGCCUGGAACCCGCGGGCCGCUGCUGCUGGGACGAGCCGGUGCGCAUCGCCGUGCACGGCCUGGCCCCGGAACAGCCGGUCACGCUGCGCGCGUCUCUGCGCGACGAGAGGGGCGUGCUCUUCCGGGCCCACGCGCGCUACCGCGCCGAUGCCCGCGGCGAGCUGGACCUGGCGCGCGCGCCCGCCCUGGGCGGCAGCUUCGUGGGCCUCGAGCCCAUGGGGCUGCUCUGGGCCCUGGAGCCUGAGAAGCCCUUGCUGCGGCUGGUUAAACGCGACGUGCAGACUCCCUACGCGGUGGAGCUGGAGGUGCUGGACGGCCACGGACCGGAGUCCGGGCGGCUGCUGGGCCGGGCGGUGCACGAGCGCGGCUUCCUGCGGCCCGGGGUGCGGCGGGAGCCGGUGCGCGUGGGCCGGGUGCGGGCCACGCUCUUCUUGCCGCCAAAACCUGGGCCCUUUCCUGGGAUUGUGGACAUUCUUGGAGCUGGAGGUGGCCUCCUGGAGUACCGAGCUAGUCUGCUGGCUGGGAAGGGCUUUGCUGUGAUGGCUCUGGCUUAUUAUAACUAUGAAGACCUCCCCAAGAGCCUGGAGACCCUCCACCUGGAGUACUUUGAAGAAGCUGUCAACUACCUGCUCAAUCACCCUCAGGUAAAGGGUCCAGGAGUCGGGCUGCUUGGAAUUUCCAAAGGGGGUGACCUAUGCCUUUCCAUGGCCUCUUUCCUGAAGGGCAUCACGGCUGCUGUCAUAAUCAAUGGCUCUGUGGCCAAUGUUGGGGGAACCUUACACUACAAGGGUGAGACCCUGCCCCCUAUUGGCAUCAACAAAAAUCAAAUCAAGGUGACCAAAGAUGGCUUUGCAGACAUUGUGGAUGUCCUUAACAGCCCUCUGGAAGGACCUGACCAGAAGAGCUUCAUUCCUGUGGAAAGGGCUGAGAACACCUUCCUGUUCCUUGUGGGUCAGGAUGACCACAACUGGAAGAGUGAGUUCUAUGCUCAUGAGGCCUCCAAACGCUUACAGGCCCACGGGAGGAAAAAGCCCCAGAUCGUCUGUUACCCGGGGGCAGGGCACUAUAUUGAGCCUCCUUACUUCCCCUUAUGCUGGGCUUCCCUGCAUACUUUGGUGGGCAGUCCUGUCAUUUGGGGAGGGGAGCCCAGGGCUCAUGCCAUGGCCCAGGUGGAUGCCUGGGAGCAGCUCCAGACUUUCUUCCACAAACACUUGGGUGGCAAAGAGUUCAGGGAACUCUCUUGAAAAUACAAUUCAUUAUUUGAAGGUCUGUAGGUUAAGACUUUAAUAUAGUCUAAGAACAUCAGUUAGAUCACUUAAAUGUGUUGUUAUAACCUCUUCAAGUUUUUAGUAUUUUCUUUUAAAAAAAUAUUACUAUUAAAAUAGUUUUCAUACAAAAAUGAUAUCCAGAAUGAAAAGGGAGCCAUAUGUAUAAACACCUUUGUUAAACUAAGACAUGGAAAAGCCUCCAUCUCCUUCAAUACUUAGAUUUUUUUUUUAUUUGCAGCUUUUGGCCAGGGCUGGGUUUGAACCCGCCACCUCCGGCAUAUGGGGCCGGUGCCCUACUCCUUUGAGCCACAGGCGCCGCCUAAUACUUGGAUUUUUGUCACUACCAUCAUUCUCAUUUCCAAAAGUAACCAUUGUGAUGAUUUUGAUUUUUUUGAAAUAUUAUUCUUUAACAUGCAUAAAUAUACUAAAUAACAAAGCUUUUUAGUGCUUAAUAUCAUUUUAAUAAGAAUAUUGAUCUUAUAAAACAAAUAAGUGUUAGAAAAAGAGCACCUUUUACCUGAGAUAAACCUUAGGCCACGGCAGCACCUGGAACUAACCAAAGGUUUUAUUCCAGGAUGGAAAAAAGAAUUUCAAGGAGAAAACAGUGCUCCCAGGACACCUAUUUUAUGUAAUCCCACAAUCAUUCUGUGAGUCAAAUAAAAGAAU